UGAUGGAAGACUUCAGACAGACAGGAACUGUGGAAAGCUGCAGGGACAGGUUGAAGAUUCCCAGAGAAACUUCUGCCAGUUGGUCUGGACAUGAUUUUAGUGUCCAACCUGACAUCUUAUCUGGACCCGCAGCCUUGUUGAUGUUGAUCCUCCUCAGGGUGGAGGUCACUUGGUGCAGCUGCAGGGUAACAGGCUGAUGCUGCACCUCUGGAGGGUGAACAGUACUUCUGCUGCUUGGAGUGUCGAAGCGUGUGAAGAAGCUGUUCAAGGUAGGAAGAGAUGAGCUGCUUCUUCUAUCUCCUGGCCUCCCACAGCGACUUCCACCAUGGCCGAUUUCUGCUCAUCCUGUGUCGUUAGCCGCCGACGGUCCGGUCAUUCGGAUCCCACCGCCGGAUCAGCCGCAGCCUCCAGGAGAGCUACAGACUCCUGCAGCUUCCUGACGAAGGUCUCAGCAGCCCCGUUCAGGUAAAAGAGGCCUACCUGCACCUCGCCAAGCUCUACCACCCAGACUCCGGGGCAGCAACUGCAGACGCUGCACUGUUUGCUCGUGUUGAAGAGGCGUACCGAGCCGUGCUGGCCCACCAGAGCAAGACCAUGCCGCCUAAUGGAGGUAAAGAGGAGGAGGAGGAGAAGUCCAGAGGAACGGCCCUCCAGCACAGACACUACCUCAGCUACGAGGGCGUGGGCACAGGGACGCCCAGCCAGCGAGAGCGCCAGUACCGGCAGAUCCGUGUAGACCGGGCAGCCGAGCAGGUCCUGGACUACCGGCAGAGAGAGCAUGAGCGAGCGGGGGCGGCGGAUGGGGCGCUGGUGGAGCGCGACAUGCGCCAGCGCAGCCAAAAGAUCAAGAUCACCCAGGCGGUGGAGCGGCUGGUAGAGGACCUGAUUCAAGAAUCCAUGGCUCGCGGAGAUUUCCGGAACCUGAGCGGAGCUGGAAAACCUCUCAGCAAGUUCCAGCACAAUCCGUACGCCGACCCCAUGACCCACAAUCUCAACCGCAUCCUCAUCGACAACGGCUACCAGCCCCCCUGGGUGGUCACGCAGCGAGACAUCAGAGAGGCCGCCGCUCAGAUCCGACACCGGCUGCUGGAGGGGAGGGCCCGGCUCGGAGAGAAGAUGACCCCCGCGGAGCAGAGGCAGUGGGAGCAGCUGUGUGCGUCCGUGCAGGAGGAGCUGCUGAAGCUCAACAAGAAGGUGGACGACUACAACCUGAUCGUCCCCAUGCUUGGCAUGCAGAUGGUCCACUUCAGCUUGUCCCGAGAGGCGGAGCGAGCCGCGAAAGGAGCCGAGCGGUGCCGGGCGGAGCGGCAGAAAGAGCGAGAGGAGAAGCGAGAGAGGAGGAAGGAGGAGAAGAAGAGAGCCAACGCUGCAACCAAGACUAAACCCAGCAAGCAGGGGCUCGUCUCCUGGAUGCAGAGGUUGUUGAGAUAUUAAACCAGAGGUGGACAGCUCCGGUCCUCAAAGUCCUGCAGGUUUUAGAUGUUUCCUGCUCCAACACACCCAUCAAUCUGAUGCAGGUGUGCAGCAGCAGAAAACAUCAGAAACCUGCAGGACUGCGACACUUUGAAGACCAACUUUGCCCAUCCCUGGUUUAUAAUACGAACCAGGUACUGGAUCUUACUGGUUCUGGUCUGUUACUGGUGCCGUUUCAGAACUAAUUUAACUCUUAAGACCUCAUCAAACCCGUCAUCAUAUCACUGUAAAUUCCUCUUUGUGGUUUAAACACGUGAAUUUAUUUACAAUUGUAUAAAAACAAAAUAAAUACAGGAAGAAAGAAAAAGACUGGAAUAAAAUAAAAUACAAUUAUAUAAUAAAUUAAC